CCACAGUGAAAAUUUUAUGAAAUUCAAUGCAGAGCGUUCAGUGACUUAAAUGGAGGGGGUUCAAAAUUUCCAAACUUGAGUAAUAUAAUGGGCAUGACAGACUUAGUGCUGAGGAGCUGCAAUUUAUAUGGACCUAUCCCUGCUUAUAUAUCAGAAAUGGAAAAUUUGAAUAGAUUAGAUCUCGGCUUCAACAAAUUGGAAGGAAAUAUUAAUACUCCUGACUAUGAAAAUCUGCAAAACGUGAAGUACUUGUAUCUAACAAGCAACUGGCUCACCGGGUCUGUUCCAGAGUGGAUGCAGAGCAGAGAUCGUGACUACCCGACAGAUAUUUCUUACAAUAAUUUUUCUGAGAGCUCUGAGCCAACUACUUGCCGAGAAAACCUAAACCUGUUUGAAAGCUUUUCUGCACAAAGAAACUCAUCAUUUGGAGUGUGCUUGAGGAACUUUCAAUGUCCAGAAGAAGAUCAGUACUCGUUGCAUAUAAAUUGUGGUGGAAAACGAACCACCAUUGAAGGAGUCACCUUUGAAGAUGAUCAAGACCCAGGAGGUGCAGCAAAAUUCGUUCCUCAGAGACCUAUCUGGGGAACCAGUAACACUGGAUAUUUCUGGGAUUCUAUCCCCUCUGCUACAGUCUACAUUGCAAAUAAUGUAUCUAUACUUAGAAUGAAAAACUCUGAGUUGUACACAAGGGCACGCCGCUCUGCUAUUUCUCUCACGUAUUAUGCACGCUGCUUUCGAAACGGCAAUUACACCGUGAAACUUCACUUCUCGGAGAUAAGGAUCAGAGGCAAUAGAUCUUUUCAUAGUGUUAGAAGACGGAUAUUUGAUAUUUAUAUUCAGGUAGUCAAGCAUACUGUUUGUACACUAUAUGCAACAAAAUAUGAUUUCUGAUUGAUAAGUUUGUUACAGGAGAAACUGGUGUGGAAGGAU